GCCCCGGUUCAUGUAUUUUUUCCUCCCAUGAUGUAGCACUUUGCACUGCUCUGAGAAAUAGUUUUGAAAAGAGGUCAUUCUCCACAGCUCAACAGUUCUGUGGGAACUCUGAGCAAAGCCUUGGCUUUGUUGCCUUUCAGAGGGCCCUACCAGCCAGCAGGAUGCUGUGACUGUAUGGUCAGGGCGAUGUCUGCAUCCUGCUCUCAUUCUGUCAGUGCCUGUACGUCUGUGUGCGGCCUGCACCAACCACAGAGAUAUCUCAUUGGCUGUCCCCAGCCUGCUCUCCGGGUCAUGUAAUUUCUCCUUAAAGUCAGACUUUAGCUCUUCAUUUACAAAAAUUCCCCUCGCUGUUAUUGUCUAAUGCUCUGGGGCUUGCCAAAUGUCAGAGUGAAGAACAGGCUGUCUGAUCGUGCCUGUCCACUAGUGAGGCCCAAAGCUAGCCACACCAGCCUUUCCUGAGCCUGCAAGUAAGUGUGCAGAGACACCUGUAGCAGGAAAAUAUCCUCAGAACAACACUCCCAGGCAAGAGGUCUCCUGAGGGUGGGACUAAACAUUGUGUUCAAAACAUAUUCAGGCCUCACACUUGUCUUUGUGUUUCCCAAGAGGAAAAAUGGACCAAUGUCCGAUGGUUCAAUGCGCAUCAUUCUCCUCUCAGUACCUGACAUUCACAGACUAAGCACCAAAAUCCACCAUGGAACUCAUUAAAAGGCGGAAACUCCUAAGCAAACAUAUGUCUUCCAUAGUUUUAUUUAAGUCUUCAAGACUUGGAGAAUUAAUUGGAGAGCUUUCAUAGUGUAGUUAAGGAGGAAGAUUUCAAAAAGCACCUAAUAAAUGUCUCCUCUCAUUUUAAAGGGUGAAUUUUAUUACAUUUCAGUUUUGAGUAUCUUUCUUCUAUUGAUAUUAAUCCAGCUCUUCUCCAAUGGAGAUGUCCAUCGGGAGGAAAAGCAGACUCUUGCCCAGGACAAGACAAAAGUUGGGGGGCAUGAAGUGGACACGAGCAUUGCGGGAGGCCUCAGAAUCUGGGGCCAGAGAGCUGCCGAGAGUCCCACCCCGCCGGCUAGUGCCCGCACUCCGGCUGAGCGGUUACGUGAGGUCUGGAGUGAGGAGCGAGGUUGGCCUUGGUGCUGGUGUCGUGCCCUGGGAGUUGCUGCAGCAGCUCUCAGUGCCCUUCCCAGAGCCAUCGGAGCUUCUUCCACGGUCCUGCGUCGUUUGGGCCGUCGGGAGACCCAGGAGGAGCGCUCGCAGCAGCAGAGCGUGACAGCUGCUGCUGCUGCUGCAGCGCUGGUGAGGAGGAGCAGCCCCUCAUCCCCUGCUCCACGCAGCCCACUGCAGCAGCUGGAGAGCAUGGCCACGGCACUGGAGAGCCGCUGCCCCAUUUGUCUUGACACCUGGGACAACGCGGGCUACGUGAUGCCAUGUCUCCACCAGUUUUGCUUCCAGUGCAUCCAGCAGUGGAUGGAGAGCAAGCCCGAGUGCCCCCUCUGCAAGAGGAGGGUCAGCUCCAUCAUACACUCGGUGCGGGCAGACAACAAAUUUGAGGAGGUCGUCAUCCCACCGCCGGCAGAGGCAUCCCUCGUGGCCCAGCCGGCUGGGAGAGCUCGUGGCCACGCAGCCACCACCGGCCCCCGUCACCACCCUGCAGCAUCUGCGCCAUCAGCUGCAGGGCCGGCUCUUGUGGGACGCCUCCAGCCUGAAGUCUGGGCCUCCCUUUUGCGAGACCACCCAACUCUGAUCCGUCCCGUGCUGCCCUGGCUGCGCCAGGAGCUGGGGCGCAUCCAUGGGGCUGAUCACGCGGAGGCGCAAAUGGUGGAAGACCUCCUCACCUCCGCCCUGGGCCUCCUGGGGCUGGAUGAAGAUCGCCUGGUCCAGCUGCUGCAGCUUUCCAUGGCGGACCACGCAGCCACCUUUGUGCACCAGCUCAUCAGCAUCACGGUGCAGCGGUGCAGCUGGGUGGCCCACCGCCUGCUGGGCCUGGAGGGCUCCCGUGCUGCCAUGGGACAGGCAGGCAGCCCCGCAGCUGCCCCCAGGCCUUCUGGCUCCCGACAGGGGACUGCUGGUCCUGGUCCAGAGCCCUCCAACAACGCUGCUGGAGCCAGCACGGACCAAGUCGCGGGCAGCUCCAGUGCUGCCCUUCAAGGGGGUCCCGGCCUGCCCCCCUCCAGCCUGGUUCAGGACCCGGGGAACCAAGAAGCGCCCCAGGAGGAGACACCAGAGGCUGUGCCUGGACCCUCCACAGCAGAACAGGGCAGGGACCAUCCCCAAAGGGGGCCCCGGCGAGCCCCGAAGAGGAGGGCCCCCACCUCCCAGGCCUCUUCUCCAGCAGCCAAGAAGAGGCCACCCCGCCGGCAACACUAGGGCAGCGCCCUAGGAGCUGGCAACAACAGG